AGAACCCUUUGAAGGAAUUUUCAAUCACAAAACAUAAUAAUCGAUAAUCACAAUUUGUCCAUGUCUCUAGAGAGUUGAAAUGGCGGAGAAAGAAGAUUACGAUCCCUAUGAGCAUCGGGAGGUAGCUCAUCCAAUUAGCAAUUUUGGUGCUUUUCUAAACGUCAUUAAAGCUAUAAUUGGCACUGGUAUCCUAGCUGCUCCUAUGGCUUUUAGAAAUGCAGGUUACCUACCUGCUAUAAUUAGCAGUAUUUUGAUAGGACUCAUCGUAAUCUACUCAAAAUUAAUUUUGCUAAGUGGAAUGUAUGAACUGGCCAGGCGGAAGCGUGUACCAUUAUUACCGUAUGGUGAAGCGAUGAUGAUUGGAGUGACAGAAGGUCCUCCUUUUUUUCGUUGGUUGCGCUUCUUUCUAAACGAUCUCGUCAAGACAAUGCUUUUCGUGAAUCACUUCGGAGCCUGCGCCGUUUAUGUUAUUUUUAUAGCGAAUUGCAUGAAGGAUUUUGGUGAUUACUACUGGGAGGAACACGAUAAUCGCAUUUAUAUGGCAAUGGAAAUUGUGCCACUGUGCUUGAUCUUUUGUAUACCGAGCCUGAAAGCGUUGGUUCCAUUUGUACUCGUUGCGAAUAUCGCGCUCAUAUUUGGUUUCGCCAUAAUUUUCUAUUACAUAUUCUCGGAUAUGACGGCAUUUUCGGAGAUGACUAGCUUUCAGGACAUUCAUUUAUAUCCUUUAUUCUUUGGAGCUACAAUGUUCGGUUUCGAUGCACCGGGAUUGAUAGUUUCUAUAGAGGCAAAUGCGAAAAAUCCUGCAGAUUUCCGUAGCAUAUGUGGCGUCUUUAUGCAAGCCAUGUUAAUAAUUAUAACAAUGCAAACAGCUUUUGCUUUCUUUGGCUAUUGGAGAUAUGGUGAACAAAUUGCCUCGACUAUUCUACACAAUUUGCCCUUUAAUGCAGCGUUGGCUGCAAUGGCUCGUAUAAUUUUUGCCUUUAGUAUUUUUGUUUCCAUUCCUCUGCAAGGAUAUGUUCCUAUCGACAUUGUGUGGAAUAAUUGGUUGAAAGCAAAGGUAGCAGAAAAGAGAUCUUUUGCUCUGGAAAUGGUGUUUCGUAUUGCAAUCGCCGUCUCUACAGUGCUAAUUGGUAUCGCCUGUCCUAAAUUGACUCUAGUUCUCUCGUUAAUGGGCGCACUUUGUAUGUCUUGCCUGGGAUUAAUACUGCCUGCCAUUUUAGAUAUUUGUGUCAAGUACGAAACUGGUUAUGGCCCAUUAAAAUUGUAUCUCCUACUGAGCACGCUUUCAGUAUUUAUAGGCAUCGUUGGCGCAGUAGCUGGUACAUAUGUGGCUAUACACGAGUGGAUUCUUAUGUAUACCGAUAGAAAGCAUAUGUAUACAGAUAUAAAGUGAAAAAUACAUUUAAUAAAUUUGGAUUUAUUUGAAUUUUAUUUUUUUAUAAAAA